AGUUGUCUAACACAUGAUUAAGGAGGAAUAUGGAGAUAGAGAAGAAGAUUGUGAGCAGUGUGAGGAUGACAGAGAAAGAAGUGGAAACGCCAGAAAAUGAUAAUAGGAAGCAACAUCGUCGAGGAGGCAUUCGAACAUUGCCUUUCAUCCUUGCAAAUGAAGCAUGUGACAGAUUUGCGAGCGCUGGAUUCCACAGUAACCUGAUAAGUUACUUGACGCAGGAGCUGAAUAUGCCAUUAGUGGCAGCUUCAAACAUUCUCACAAACUUUGGUGGAACAUCUAGCUUCACUCCUCUCAUUGGGGCUUUAAUUGCGGAUUCCUUUCCUGGCCGCUUCUGGACUAUUACUAUUGGGUCUCUCAUCUAUGAACUGGGAUUGGUUAGUAUCACUGUAUCAGUUCUUCUUCCGAACAUGCGCCCUCCACCAUGCCCAACACAAGUGAAUUGCCAAGAAGCCACAUCAUCACAAUUGUCUAUACUUUACAUCUGUCUCCUCCUCACAUCUCUUGGCUCAGGUGGCAUAAGACCAUGUGUUGUGCCAUUUUCAGCUGACCAAUUCAACAUGACCAAAGAUGGGGUGGCAUCAAGGAAGUGGAGCCUCUUCAAUUGGUACUUUUUCAUCAUGGGAUUUGCUUCUCUAAGUGCUUUGACCAUUGUUGUUUAUGUUCAAGACAAUUUGGGCUGGGCCUGGGGCCUUGGUAUUCCAACCAUUGCCAUGUUGAUAUCAAUCAUUGCCUUUGUGUUGGGCGCACCCCUCUAUAAGAGUGUGAAACCAGAAGGGAGUCCUUUGGUUCGUUUGGCCCAAGUGAUUGUGGCAGCUGUGAAGAAGAGGAAUGAAGCUUUACCAAAUGAUUGCAAGCUUUUAUACCAAAAUAGGGAACUUGAUGCUCCUAUUGCUUUAGAAGGAAGGCUUUUACACUCAGAUCAAUAUAAGUGGUUGGACAAGGCUGCAAUUGUGACAGAGGAAGAGGCUAAAGAUUCAAAAGCACCCCCAAACCUGUGGAAAUUAACCACUGUCCACAGAGUUGAGGAGCUAAAAUCCAUCAUUAGAAUGCUUCCAAUUUGGGCUUCAGGAAUCUUGCUCAUAACUUCAUCAUCACACAUAGGUAGUUUUGUGAUUCAACAAGCUCGCACAAUGGACCGGCACCUCUCUCACUCGAGCUCAUUCCAAAUAUCCCCUGCCAACAUGUCUAUUUUCAGUGUCCUAACCAUGAUGAUAGGAGUUAUGUUAUAUGAACGCUUCUUUGUCCCAUUCGUGCGUCGAUUCACAGGGAACCCUUCCGGAAUCACAUGUUUACAGAGAAUGGGGGUAGGCUUUGUCGUUAACAUUGUAGCCACUAUAGUUUCAGCACUAGUUGAAAUCAAGAGAAAAGAAGUUGCAGCCAAGUACCAUUUAUUGGAUGAUCCAAAAGCCAUUAUUCCUAUUAGUGUGUUCUGGUUGGUGCCACAGUAUUGUCUUCAUGGGGUAGCUGAAGUUUUCAUGUCUGUGGGGCAUUUGGAAUUUCUCUUUGAUCAAUCACCUGAAAGCAUGAGAAGCAGUGCUACAGCUUUGUACUGCAUAACUAUAGCUAUUGGAAGCUAUUUGGGUACAUUUUUGGUAUCAUUAGUGCACAAUUACACAGGCAAAGAAAGGAAUUGGUUACCUGAUAGAAACCUUAAUAGGGGCAGACUUGAGUGCUAUUAUUUUCUUGUUAGUGGGAUUCAAGUUUUGAAUUUCAUUUAUUAUGUGAUUUGUGCUUGGUUUUACACUUACAAGCCCUUGGAAGAACUCAGUGAAAGGAUCGAGGAAGAAGAUUUGGAACAAGCUGAUGAAAAUGUCUCAUUUGUCAAUUUAAAACAUGGUAAGGAGGAAGAAAAGAAGCAAUUCACAAAAGAUGAAUGAAAUUAUAAUGUCAGUUGGUAGUAGUUAAUAAGAAUUAUAGAACUCGGGUGAAUAUGUUCAAGUCCUCAUCAAGUGGCAUAUAUAAGCACUAGAGAAAGUGUGUAAUCUUUGUAUUUUAUUUUCAUGUGUACUUGUAUAAUCAUUAGAUAUUUAUGAGUCAUUUGGUUAACAUUUGCUAAAAA